AACAGUAAUAAAACCUUCUUGAAACGUCUCCACAAAUCCCAAACUGAAUCCCACUUCACCAUCACAGAUUCAACUACUUCUGUACGGAACUCAAACCAUCGUAGAUCCAUACAAUGCUUUUCAAAUUAGGUUUAAUAGUGUUCCUACUGUUAUUGAAUUCAAUUCCAUCACGAUCAGCGGUUUCGAGCAUCGAUCUAGGUUCAGAAUGGGUAAAAGUCGCCGUAGUGAACCUAAAACCCGGCCAAUCUCCGAUAUCAAUCGCCAUUAACGAGAUGUCGAAGCGGAAAUCGCCAGCUCUGGUAGCGUUUCACGCUAACGAUCGGUUAAUCGGAGAAGAAGCCGCAGGACUCGUUGCACGGUAUCCUAACAAAGUAUACUCACAGACACGUGAUCUAAUCGGAAAACCGUUUGCUCACGUCAAGAAGCUUCUAGACUCGUCGUAUCUCCCGUUCGAUGUAGUGGAAGAUUCUAGAGGUGGUGUAGGGAUUAGGAUUGAUGACGGUGUGACGGUUUAUUCACCGGAGGAGUUAACUGGUAUGGUGUUAGGUUAUGGAUUGAAGUUAGCGGAGUUUCAUAGUAAGGUGGUGGUGAAGGAUGCGGUGGUUACGGUGCCUCCGUAUUUUGGACAGGUGGAACGGAAGGGGCUGCUUCAGGCGGCUCAAUUGGCUGGAGUGAAUGUGUUAUCGCUUGUUAAUGAGCAUUCGGGUGCUGCGCUGCAGUAUGGGAUUGAUAAGGAUUUUUCUAAUGGUUCUAGACAUGUUAUUUUUUAUGAUAUGGGAGCUGGAAGUACUUAUGCUGCUCUUGUUUACUUUUCGGCGUAUAAUGCUAAGGAGUAUGGGAAGACUGUUUCGGUUAAUCAGUUUCAGGUCAAAGAUGUUAGAUGGGACCCCGAGCUUGGUGGUCAAAAUUUGGAAUUACGGUUAGUAGAAUACUUUGCAGACGAGUUCAACAAACAGGUUGGAAACGGGAUUGAUGUCAGGCAGUCUCCCAAGGCAAUGGCCAAAUUGAAGAAGCAGGUCAAGCGUACAAAAGAAAUUCUUAGUGCAAAUACUGCAGCGCCAAUUUCAGUUGAAUCACUUCUUGAUGACCGUGAUUUUAGGAGCACAAUAACUCGUCAGAAAUUCGAAGAGUUGUGUGAGGAUCUGUGGGAAAGAUCUGUUAUCCCUGUGAAAGAGUUGCUUAAGCACUCAGGUUUGAAGGUUGAUGAGAUAUAUGCCUUGGAGCUGAUCGGAGGUGGUACUCGAGUACCAAAGUUGCAGGCUAAGCUUCAAGAAUUCUUUGGGAGGAGUGAUGUUGACAGACAUCUAGAUGCUGACGAGGCUACAGUUCUAGGUGCUUCAUUACAUGCUGCAAAUCUGAGUGAUGGAAUUAAAUUGAACCGUAAGCUUGGUAUGAUUGAUGGUUCUAUGUAUGGAUUCAUGAUGGAUCUAGAUGGUCCUGAUCUUGUAAAAGAUGAAACCACCACACAGUUACUUGUGCCACGGUUAAAGAAAUUACCAAUCAAGAUGUUCCGGUCUGUCAUUCACAACAAGGAUUUUGAUGUUUCACUUUUAUACGAGAAUGAAGAUUUCUUGCCUCCUGGUGUUACUUCACGUACAUUUGCAAAGUAUGCGGUCUCUGGUCUUGCUGAUGCUAGUGAAAAGUACAUGUCACGCAACCUUUCAUCCCCUGUGAAAGCGAAUCUUCAUUUCUCUCUUAGUAGAAGUGGCAUACUCUCUUUGGAUCGAGCAGAUGCUCUCAUUGAAAUUUCUGAGUGGGUAGAAGUCCCAAAAAAGAAUCAGACUCUGGAGAAUGCUAAUGCUUCUGCUCCCCUUAACCAAACAGUAGAAACCGAAUCCGCCAACUCAGCAGAAGCAAGUGAUGCUCUCAAUCCAGAUGAUUCGACUGCCAACUCAGCAAACUACACAGCAAAUGGCCAAAAUACUGUUGAUCUUGGCACAGAAAAGAAACUAAAGAAACGGACGUUCAGAAUUCCUCUAAAGAUAACUGAAAAGAGUGUAGGACCAGUAGUACUUCUCUCGGAAGAUUCUCUUUAUGAAGGUAAGCUUAGAUUGGAUGCACUAGAUGCAAAGGAUGCUGAAAGGAGGAGGACUGCAGAGUUGAAGAAUGAUCUGGAAGGUUACGUAUAUGCUACCAAAGAAAAGCUUGAUUAUUUAGAAGAAUUGCAAAAGGUUUCUUCUAGUGAGCAACGACAACUGUUCAUUGAAAAGCUUGACGAGGUGCAAGACUGGUUGUACACUGAUGGUGAAGAUGCUUCAGCUACUCAAUUUCAAGAGCGUUUGGAUCAACUGAAAGCUAUAGGCGACCCUAUAUUUUUCAGAUACAAGGAGCUUACAGCAAGGCCAGAAGCAUCAGAAAGCGCUAAACGGUAUUUCAGUGAGCUGCACGAGAUUGUUAGUGGAUGGGAAUCUAAAAAACCGUGGAUUUCAAAAGAGAAAAUUGAUCAGGUGUUACGUGUGGCAGAAAAUUUCAAAAAGUGGUUAAAUGAUAAGGAAGACGAGCAACAGAAGAUAUCUGCAUCCAGCACUCCUGCUUAUACUUCCCAAGAAGUUAUUAGCAAGCUACUCGAUCUUCAAGACAAGGUCGCCAACACAAACAGAAUCCCAAAGCCGAAACCAAAAGUUGAGAAACCAACUGUGAAGAAUGAAACCAAGAGUCAGACAGACGAACCAAAAGGUUCCGAUUCUAAUGAUGAUGACAUUAGUGAAUCCAAGGAGGAAACAGAUGGGCAGUCAACAGAACAUGAUGAGCUGUGAUUUUAACCAAAGUGACAUACAGAGUGGUGAAUCUGCUUCUAUAGAAAAACGUCGAUAGGCACGUGAGAUUAGGGGAGAGGUAGUUCAACUGAUAUGUAAUCUAAGACCAAUUUUGAAUAUUCCAUUAUUUGGGUCAAUUUUUGUCCUACUGCCUAAGCUCUGUACCC